ACGAGCGACUGUGGGGCUGCUCGGCGCACACCCCUCUCCAUCGACUCCUCGCUCCCCUAAGCUCGACUCUCUCUGGGAACCAUGGUGGCUAAAAACAGAAAGCAGACCGGGAAGAGUCCGGCGACCCAGACUGACCGCGACAGGAGCCCGCUUGUUUCGCCCCCUGGCAAAAGUAACGUGAGGCGAGCAGGCAGGGAGGGCAAAGCUUUCAACAGCCCGCAUCCAAACGGGCUCUCGGGCAUCAGACACAAGCUCGGGCUAACUCCCUCCGCAGCCCUGAAGCUGGGGAGCACUCUUCUCCUCGCUGCUCUGGCUGGAUAUCUGCACUGGUAUCAUCUCUCGCAGCUCUUUGAGAAUGACAGACACUUUUCACACCUGUCCAACCUGGAGAAGGAAAUGGCUUUUCGAACAGAGAUGGGUCUGUACUAUUCCUACUACAAGACCAUUAUCGAGGCUCCUUCUUUCCUCGGCGGCCUCCACAUGGUCAUGAACGACCGUCUGACCGAGUAUCCCCUGGUUAUUAACACGCUGAAGAGAUUCAAUCUCUAUCCAGAGGUGGUCCUGGCCAGCUGGUACCGGAUGUACACAGGUGUGAUGGGCUACUUUGGGAUUCCCACGAAGAUGUGCUGGUCCAUCAACAGAGGAGAGGGCCUCACUCCUGUGGACAGCUGUGAAGGGAUGGGUGACCCGGCUUAUUUCUACGUGGCCUGUGUGUUCCUGCUGAACGGCUUGAUGAUGAGCCUGUUCUUCGUUUACGGCGCCUACCUCAGUGGCAGUCGACUGGGCGGCGUUGUCACCACGAUGUGUUUUUUCUUCAAUCACGGCGAGAGCACUCGUGUGAUGUGGACGCCGCCCCUGAGGGAGAGCUUCGCCUACCCCUUCCUCGUCCUGCAGAUGCUUCUUCUCACCUACAUCCUACGGACACGGAACCCGAGCAGGACAGCCAUGGUCGCCCUGGGCAUCUCCAAUUUGUGCUUUAUGCUGCCUUGGCAGUUUGCCCAGUUUGUGCUGCUCACUCAGGUGGCGUCCCUGUUUGCGUCGUACAUCCUGGGUUACCUCGCUGCCACCAAGAUGCAGUCCAUCCUCGUCACUCAUAUGAUCACACUCGGCGUCUGCUUUAUCCUGAUGUUCGGCAACGCCAUGCUCCUCACGUCCUUCUACGCCUCCUCGCUCGUCUCCAUCUGGGUGAUCAUUGCAUUGAGAGAUCGAUUUGCACAAGUCUUUAAGGCUGGCAUCGUCAUCUGGGUCAUGCAGGGUCUGGCUUGGGUCGGCUCCACAGUUCUGCUGAAAUUCAUGCUGUCCACGAUCUUCGGUGCUUCUGAUGAUGCUCAUAUCAGUGGACUCAUCAAAUCCAAGUUCACGAGCUACAACGACUUCCACACUCUGAUGUACACGUGCGCUGCCGAGUUUGACUUCAUGGAGUUAGAGACGCCUGUACGGUACCUGAAAACGUUGCUGCUGCCCGUCAACGUGCUGGUGGUCGCUCUCAUUGCCGGCAGGACUGUCCAGGAUAUAGUCCGGACCCUGCGGCAGGGAGGGAAGACAUCUGUCAAGACGGAUGAAGCUGAUGAAGCUGCAGGGUCUGAAAUAGCUGCAAAAGGAGAGCUGGUGUAUCACAGCCUGCAGCUGGUGGCGUUUGCCGUCCUGGCCAUCCUCAUCAUGCGGUUGAAGCUCUUCCUGACGCCCCACAUGUGCAUCAUGGCGUCGCUUAUCUGCUCCAAACAGUUGUUCAGCUGGAUCGGGGAGAAGUUUAAGCACCAGAUCACGGUUUUUGCCUUCAUGGCCAUCAUGACGGUACAGGGAGCGGCCAACCUGCACGCCCAGUGGGGCAUCAUUGGAGAGUUCAGCAAUCUGCCUCAGGAGGAGCUACUGGACUGGAUCCAGGACAACACCCGUCCUGAUUCUGUGUUUGCCGGCGCCAUGCCCACCAUGGCCAGCGUGAAGCUUUCCACAGGUCGGCCCAUCGUCAACCACCCACACUACGAAGACGCCGGUCUGAGGGAGAGAACCAAGCUGGUCUACUCCAUGUACAGCCGCAUGUCUGGAGAAACUGUGAAGAAGAACCUGAUGAAGCUGGGCGUGGACUUCUUCGUCCUCGAGGAUUCUUGGUGCACGAGGCGAACCAGGCCUGGGUGCAGCAUGCCAGAGAUUUGGGACGUUGAGGAUCCCCAGAAUGUUGGUAAAAUCCCCCUCUGCACCCACAUGUCCAGGAACUCACGACCUCACUUCACCACAGUCUUUUCCAAUGACAUUUACAAAGUCCUAAAAGUCCCCAAAGUCGCCAAAGACCUCAGAUAACAUCGCUGGAUGGACCGGCUCAGCACCAAACUUGUUCUUUCCACCACUUCUUUAUUGUAUUUUUUACAUUUUUUUGGUCGCUCACUGCUGCUUUAUACUUCCCAAAACUCAAAUCCCCGUAGUUCCACCUUUUUUUUUGUUUGUUGUUUUUUGCAUUGUUCUGAUUCGCUGAGCGAUGGACUAAUAACAGGUUGGACAUGCCAAAACAGUAUGCCAUGAGUCUAACCGCUCCUGGUGGCCUCACAGUUCUCAGUAUUUGUGACUCUUGCCAAUUAUUUUUAUUGUCACCCAGCGACGUUCUCAUUCUGCUCCCGGUGGUGCCCAAGUGAAAGUCCAAAUGUGUUGUAGCUCCUCGUUUAGCUUGUUGCAGUGGUUCUGUUACUGAGAUUCCUUAUUUUAAGGGAUGCUGUUCAUACAUCUGUGUUGUUGUUUUUUUUUACUGCUUAAAACAAUUUUCUUUUACUUCAGAAGUAAAACGUUGUCUGGCAGGACCAAUCAGUGAUGUCCACAUACUGUGAAGCAAUACCUUUGCAAAUUCUAUUGUUAUGCACAGUGUUGAUCUCCGACGAGAUUUCUUUCAGUCGUACAGUAUUUUUAUAAUUUAUUUGUGUGAGCGUUUUUAUGCAACUUGGAGGUGUUACGCUGUUUUCUUUGAGGAUGUUGGUGUUUUAGGAGUCUUGGGAUUCGCAGGGGAAAAACUGUUUGGGCGCUUUUUAAAAUCUUUUUAAAACAUAUCGUUCAGCGUUGGUGUCUAGACUGAAUUCACGCGAAGAUUAUGAUUAAAAUUUCCACUUAGGAGAAGAGCUUUCCUUCUCAGUUCAGUUCAGUUAUAAUUAGUUUAAAAUGUUUUUUUUUUAUGGCCAAACUUAGUAAGCAGAUUAAGUAGAUUACUCAGAACUGCCCUGUUUUUUGUAAAUACCCGAAUUGCUGUUUUGUAAAAUGCUCGUGUACAGCCUUUAAAAGGUUCCUCGUGCUUCUUGGAUUAUUGUUUAUUGCCAAAGGAAGUCUUGUUAUUAAUAUUCAGGGUACUGUAGCACAUGGAAGGUGUGGUUUUAGUGAUUAAGAACCAUCAGCUUGUGAGUUCUGUGACAGCCAAUCUGAACUAUCUGUAGCAGUGAAUUCUAUGUCAAUGGUAGCAGUUGUGGGUUCCUUCGUCGGGCCACAAUAAACACUUCAACUUUUUAGGAAAUGCACUCAUUCAGUUCUCGCUGAGGGUCAGAUGAGAAGAUCGGUACCGCUCUCAUUUCUGUACAUUAAGUAUGUAGCCACAGUCCAGAGGUAGUUAGCUUAGCUUAGCAUAGACAAAGAAAAAGGUAAAUUCAUGGUUUUCUCUUGUCAGAAACGUUACCUGGUGUUUGUGUCAUUAUGUUUAGAUGGUACUCGACAUGUUUGGUCCUGUUCUUGUUGAGCUCCUGCUCACACCACUUUCUCUCUUUGACUUUUUCUUGUUGCCCGGCCAAACACGUCAAACCGAGCUGCUCUUCUGCUUGCUGUCAGGAGGUUUGACCGAUUGUAGGAUGUAUAGAAACUGUGGCUAACCUGCUGCUGUUGUCGGCGUCCACAGCUGUCCAUGGACGUUGAAGUGGAAACCGUGAAUUGGCCUUUGCACAUUAUUUUUAUUUUGUUGACUGUCUGUGUUGGUUGCUUCAGUUUGGAUUUACCUCCAGACUCCAGUAAAGUCACUUUAGUUGUUAACUUUAGUGUUGUUCAUAUUGGGACUUAGCCAGGCUAACGCUAGCCGUGCUUCGAGUCUUUUGUUGCCUUCAAAUGGAUCUCAUGAUUCAGCACGGGAAGUAAACAAAAUCUUUGGUAUUCCAGCGCUAACAUCGACUGUAAUUUGUGACACCGCUAUGCCAGGCAACAUCAACGUUACUGUCAGCACCUAGGAGCAACCGAGGCUAGCUAGCCAUGUAGCAAGCUAACAACAGAUAAUGUAAUGUAAGACAAAAUGAAAAAAGUUAUGCCUUUGGGAAUACCAUUUUCAUUAGAUAUUCUAAAAUUAUCAAGAAACAACUGUAUGACUAAAGCUUCAAUAUAUUACGUAAACUUCCACGGCCUGAAGUUGUCACAGGAGCACAAUUUGCGCUAAGCUAAGCUAGCUGCCCAGCGAUUGUGGACGAUCGCUGUGUCGAUCUUCUCAUCUAGCAUUAAGAAUAUUUCCAAACUAUUCCCGUGGUGGCAGUUUGUGAUUGUAUUGUUUGUAUUGCACAGGUCAAAUAUGUACAUUUGAAAGCAUCAGACGUGUUUAUCACAGUCAGUCACGUCUGUCAGAAAGUGUCUGUUAGCGCCAUAGCUACGUAUUGUGUUGUUGGUUUGUCUUAAUAUAAUCAAGCUCACUGGCUGCUAAAGCUGUUCUAAAUCACAUUUAUCACCUUUUUUUUUUUUUUUUAAAUCAACCUGCCUUUCUUUACUUUUAAAGCUUGGAGCCUUUUUUUUUUUUUUUCCAGAAUGACAGCAACUAAAAAAAGGAGCCGAACAUUGAGUUUGUGUUACAGUAACUAACAGUUUGUCUUUAGAAGAAACGGUUUGACAUUUUGGGAAAUAGACUUGUUGGCUGAGAGUCAGAUAAGAAAAGCUGCUACAUGCCUGUACUUUAAAUAUAAAACUUAAAAACGGCUCUGUCAGGCUACUUCAAAAACACACCUGCAGGAACCUCUAAAGGUGUGAAGUGGUGGUUUUUUACGGGGAAUCAUGCACCGGACUAUUUCUGUCUGAGAACAGUAGUCGUGUGAUGACAAGUUGCUGCGCCUGUAAAACUACAGUGUUGGACUGUAGAGAGUCAGACCGGCUGUUUCACUUCACCGCUGAGCUUCCAUCUUGUUGGCUUCGUAUUUUAACGGACAGACAUGAGAGCGGCUCGGAUCUUCUGAAAAUGCCAAACUGUUGACCAUGCGUGGCAACGGGAGCGCCUCUUCUACGAGUCGAUUGGCAGGUUGCAUGUUUCCUCUUCCAACAUGUUCUUCAUAAUCACCACUGGUCAAACGUGAUAGAAGAAGUUCUCUCGGCUUUAAGGUGUUUUUUCUUGUGAAGCUUGUCGAAUCGUCACACCUUGGGCUAAAUGACGUCACUGAUUCGGCUUCUGGAUGAGAUCAUGGAACAAAUUCGAAUAAUGAGAUGAAACUUUUAGGCAAACUGUACGUUCACGAUCCCAGAUUAAAUGCGGUUGAACAAAUCGUGCAGUCCGGCUGAUCUCAGACCCGUUUGUGGCGCCACGGCUCGCGGUUUGCAACUGGUCUUGUAAGUGCCCGUUUUUAAGGAGUGGUGCUGUUGUUAGAACUCCCCCGAACACUUUGACAAAAAACAGUUUAUUCCUGGCGCGGGUCUCGGUGUGUUCCAGAUGUCUUUUAUAAUAUUUGUCUAUUUUGUCUGUAUUUUAAAAAAUAAAGUAUUUGCCAUGA